AAAUACAGCGGUGCUGCCUUCUCCUGUUCCCGCUUUGUACAUGGGCCUAUGAUUGUUGUACUGCUGCCUUCUCCUGUGCACGCACAAGAUGUUCUGUCCGUGCGGUUCGAAUUGGGCACACCUCACGGGCCGGUGAGGCUGGUUGGUGAGGAAAAUAAAUGUGUGGUUGCUCGGCCCGCUCGGCGACGGUGUCGACCAUUAAGCGGUGCCUGUUCGUGUUUGGCCACUCGACCAGAAAGUGGACGGCACCGGGCAAAGGGGGCUGCGCCGCUUUUCGCCAUGGACGGCAUGGAGUUCUUCUUCGAUGAAUCUGCAUCGGGGUUCGUGCCGCGGUUGGACGGCGGAGUUUUCUUAAGGGGUCUAGUUGCCGGCGAGCAACUUACUGAAGGCGGCACUAGUGGAACAGAGGAUGCGGAGGAGGAUUUGAUUUCUUCUCUUCCCAUGGGGCGAACUGGAGGCGGCAUGGAUUGUGAAGGGGGCGAAGGUGCUGGUACAGGGGGCUACGCAUCGUAUGAUCUUGGCGGCGAAGGCAAGGGCGAUUCCUGCGAGACAGGCGGUGCAAAUAUAGUCCCAAAUGACAUGGACUAGGAUGCAGAUGAAGAUGGAGUGGGAGUGUCAAAUGCAAACCAGUCUUCUUGGACCAAGAGGGUCAGAGUUGGAAAAGCGGCAGAUGAGAGGGAGCCCAGCCCUUCAAGGAUGCCUGCCCUUGAAGCUUCUAUCCGUGCAUUUGUUGACAAAAAGUCUAAUAAUGUUGUCAAUCCAUCGAUUGGGACUAGUUUUGAUUCCGUCGAAGUGGGUAUGAGUUUUACAAUCUUUAUUCGUGGGAGGUUGGUUUUGGGUUGCGCUACGCAAAAAGACGUUUGAAUGUACACCGGAAGAAGUGCAUGCAGGAGAUAGUUUGCGCUUGUGCGGGCAACCCAUUGCAAGCCAACAGUAGGUCAACGCGGUGUGGUUGCAAUCCCAUGAUACAACUACUAAGGUCGGACGAUGGAGGAUGGUAUGUAUGCGAGAACAGUGCUGAUCACAACCAUGAUUUAUCUGUUAAUUGUGGAGAGAAACUGCACUGAAAGUCACACCGACACAUAGAUAGCUAUACAAGGGACCUAGUUAAGCAACUAAGAGAAAAUAACAUCAGCAUUAGCAAGCUUUACAGUGUCGUGGGGAGUUUCUUUGGCAUGAUAAAGGACGUGCCAUUCACGAAACUUUCCUUAAAAACAUUGUGUGGUAAACUUAACCGGGAACAGUCUCUGAAUGAUGCAACAAAGACCAUAUAGAUGUAUUCAACGAGAUGAGGGCAGAGGACCCUGAAUUUAAAUACAGUGUUCAGGUUGAAACCGAGGGGAGGAUUAAGACAUUGAUGUGGGCCGCUGGCAGAGAGAUUGAGCAAUUCAAGUGUUUCGGUGAUGUUGUAACAUUUGAUACAACCUACAGGACAAACCUGUACGACAUACCAUUUGGCCUUUUGUUGGUGUUAAUAAUCACUUUCAGAGCAUCAUAUACGGAGGCGUGUUGAUGAGCGAUGAGAAGGUGGACACUUUCAAGUGGAUAUUCACGGAGUUCUUCCAAAUGCUAGCAGCACCACAGCCAAAAACUAUCUUAACAGAUCAAUCUCGCGCAAUGGAAAUUGCAAUAGCGGACCUCAUGCCACGGACUGCGCAUCGGUGGUGCAAAUGGCACGUGCUGAAGAAGGAAAAAGAGAGCCUUGGAGCGCUGCUUGCAGAAGGGAGUGAAUUCAAGCCAGAGUUCAGCAAGCUAGGCCACCAUGUAGUUAGUAUUGAUGAAUUUGAGAAGGGCUGGGCAUGCUUGAUUGAGAAAUAUGGCCUCCAGACCAAUACAUUCCUAACGCAGCUUUACGAAGUUAGGAGGAAGUGGGCAAAGCCAUACUUCAUGGGUGUGUUUUGUGCAAAAAUGACAAGUACGCAGCGAAGUGAGAGCGCAAACCACCUUCUCAAAGGGUAUGUGCCACCAGGCUGCCCCAUGCACUUGUUCAUCCGGCAAUAUGAGAAGAUGCAAUUUGACCACGACUCAGAGGAAAGUUACCAGGAGAAGAGGACAAAACUAGUAUGUUUCGAUUAGUCUUCUAUGUAUGUAUCUUUGAGCUGUUGAAUUGCUGCCUUCCAUAGAAUCUUAGAUCCUCUUGUUGCACUUGCCAUGUGCAGGGUGAGAUUGUGCUGAAGCAACAUAUCCCAUUUGAGGUACAUGCAUCGCCAGGUUUACACCAGGACAAUGUUUGAGAAAUUUGGUGAAGCAUUGUAUGAGUGUGGGUCAUAUGAUCUAAUAGAAGUCGAACCCCGAUUGGAGUACAUUGCUAGGCACAUAAAAUUCCAGUCAGGGGAAAAGUGGUGCAAGAAUGAGUUUGUCAUCUCAGUGAGUGAGCCAGCCGAUGAGUUCAUUAGCGAGUGUGGAACGUUUGAGCACUAUGGGAUGGUUUGCAGCCAUGUGCUUAAGGUCAUGAUACACCUAAAACUGUAUGAGCUCCCGCCAAAACAUGUGCUCAAGCGGUGGACUAGAGAUGCAAGAGAUAUACUGCCACCGGAGUAUUUGCGCUACCAGAAGGACCAUGGGCCCCUGAAGUAUUCUUCUCGUCGGCACAACACCUUAUACUUGUUGGCACUGGAUGUGGUUAAAUUAGGUAACAACAAUGUGGAAGCACAUGCACUUGCAAUGGAGAAAAUGCGAGAUGUCAAAGUGCUGCUCGAGCCAGUUGCCGCCGUGCGGGAUAGGCUUGGUUUGUCUGAUAGAGAGUUGGCUGCAGAUUCAGGCGGCUCUGGUGUUGGGAACAAGCAGCAUUUUGGGAGAGCUGAGUCUGAGCACACCAUCUCACAAGGAUUGGAUUUGUUUCCAGCAUCGUGCAAGAAACGACCCGCUGGGCGUCCAACAACGAGCCGCGACAAGGCUCCAUAUGAACAACCAUCAAAGAGGAGCAGAUUAUGUUCUAUAUGCAGAAUUCAGGGGCACUAGAGCACAACAUGCCCUGCCAGAGGGGAUGUGCCAAAGGCACCUAGGAAAUCGCCUCGCUGCUCAAAAUGUGGGUUGACAUGUCACAGGAAGAACAGAUGCAGCAACCCGCCUAAGGUCUGAAAAAAGAUAUGAAAUUUAGUGUUUGUUUUCGAGAUCCGUUGGUUUGUCUGUGUGGCACUUUGUUAUUAGAACCCGUAUGUUAUUUCUGUAAACCACCAAGAGAUGGUAAGUGAGCAUUCCCGUGGCAUCUGGCAGGGACAUUUGUGAAUUUGCAUCGGGCUUUAUGUUGGCUUGUUUGCUGUUGUGAUGGUGAAGAAAAAAUAUUCCAGUUGGCA